AUGGUACUACAUUAGCAUCUGGUAGUGAUGAUAAGUCUAUCCGCUUAUGGGAUGUUAAGACAGGAUAAUAAAAAGCCAAAUUAGAUGGUCAUUCAUCAACAGUUUAUUCAAUUUGUUACUCUCCUGAUGGUACUACUUUAGCAUCUGGUAGUGAUGAUAACUCUAUUCGUCUUUGGAAUGUAAAAACAUCAAAGGAAAUACUUCAAUCAGAUAAUAGCUAUAAAGAUUUGCUUUCCUAGUUUAACAUACCUCUUCAGAAUAGCUCCUUAUUGCCAAAUGGUAUUUAUUAUUAUUAUUAUUUAGUUAAUCCUGAUCGUACAAUAUUUAGAAUAUGCUAGAAUCCUUGGUUAGAAGCAUCAGGAACACUUAUCUUAUAAGGACAAUUCAUGAAUUAUUAAGGGAUAGAUUUAAAACCAUUGUUUAAAUCCAAAGGAAGCUGCUUUUUAGAAGACUUAAAGCAAUAGUGA